GUGACAGGUGACAGUUCGUGAUGCUAUAAAUCAAGGUAUGGAUGAGGAGUUGGAAAGAGAUGAGAAAGUAUUUCUGCUUGGGGAAGAAGUUGCCCAGUAUGAUGGGGCAUACAAGGUUAGUCGAGGCCUGUGGAAGAAAUAUGGAGACAAGAGGAUCAUAGACACUCCCAUAUCUGAGAUGGGCUUUGCUGGAAUUGCUGUAGGUGCGGCUAUGGCUGGGUUGCGGCCCAUUUGUGAAUUUAUGACCUUCAAUUUUUCUAUGCAAGCCAUUGACCAGGUUAUAAACUCAGCUGCCAAGACCUACUACAUGUCGGGGGGCCUUCAGCCUGUGCCCAUAGUCUUCAGGGGACCCAAUGGCGCCUCAGCAGGCGUAGCUGCCCAACACUCACAGUGCUUUGCUGCGUGGUAUGGGCACUGUCCAGGCUUAAAGGUGGUCAGCCCCUGGAGUUCAGAGGAUGCAAAAGGACUUAUUAAAUCAGCCAUUCGGGACAACAAUCCAGUGGUGGUGCUAGAGAAUGAAUUGAUGUAUGGAGUUCCUUUUGAAUUUCCUGCGGAAGCUCAGUCAAAAGAUUUUCUGAUUCCUAUUGGAAAAGCCAAAAUAGAAAGGCAAGGGACACAUAUAACUGUGGUUUCCCAUUCAAGACCUGUGGGCCACUGCUUAGAAGCUGCAACGGUGCUAUCUAAAGAGGGAAUUGAAUGUGAAGUGAUAAAUAUGCGUACCAUCAGACCAAUGGACAUUGAAGCCGUAGAAGCCAGUGUCAUGAAGACAAAUCAUCUCAUAACCGUGGAAGGAGGCUGGCCACAGUUUGGAGUAGGAGCUGAAAUCUGUGCCAGGAUCAUGGAAGGUAUUUCAAAGGAACUACUUCUAGAAUACAGUAAAGCUAUAAUAAACAUUGUGUACCAAAAUAUGUACUGGCUAAAGAGAUCGAAAGCUAGAGGUGGCCAAAUGACUUGA